CACGUGUCUGUGUCAUGUCAUGUCACAAUCACAUCAGUUGCUGGAACAAGAAAGAACCAUUUCCAACAGCAAAACACACAAUGAUGACAACAAGGAUAGCCGCGAUGAAGAAGGCAUCAUGCUCCUGCUCCUAUCCUGUGUUGGUAGUGCUGGUGGUGGUGAUCAUAUCCCCUUGUUCGACUGCAUUCACGAACCCGGCUGUGCCCAGCGAACCCUCAAACCUUCGGCAAUGGUGCGAUGUCACGGAGCGGUUCGAGUCUCGCCCAUCACCAAAGCUUCUACGACACAUUCACUGGCUUCAUGUGCCCAAAGCUGGCACAAGUUUCGGCACCACCAUCAUGCACUACGCGUGCGAGAACCUUGACGACGACCUCUACCCUCACAAGCAAGGCCAAGGGUUUGAAUAUAUGCGCUACUUCUUCCAGCGGUACUACAAGCCAAAGUACUGCUCAGGGCGAGUCCACUUGGAGCAUGUGUAUGGCCACGCCCCACUCAACGAGGAAGCGAUUCGCAAAGGAGGGGUUGUCGCCAUGCUGCGUGACCCUCGCAUGCGACACUACAGCGGUUGGCGCAUUCACGGCGUCAUGGGAACGCCGCUACAUCCAUCCAACCUCACUGAAUACGUGCAGAUGUACCGUGGCUGUCAGAUGAAGAUGAUUCUUGGGGAGCAUUGCGAGCUCAAACCAGGCAGGGGCAAACGCUACUGGCGGCCUUCUUCCCACGAUGAGGCAAAGCGAGCGGCAUCGCUACUGCAGGAUGAAGCUGUGUUUGCGUUUGUUGGUCUGACAGACCACUGGAAGGCAAGCGUGUGCCUCUUCCAUGCCAUGUUUGGCGGCAACAUCACCAAGCACGAAAUGGACAACGUCAGGCCUGGUGUUUCUGCCUUGCUUAACGGCAACAGCCAUCCUGCCCUGGAGAAGAUUUCGAUGCAGGAGGACCCCUUUGACGCUUUUGUGUACACGAUUGCGCGGCAAGUGUUUGUGAGGCGGUUGCUUGAGUUUGGGAUUGCCGUUCCCGAAGAACUACAAAGCGAAGGAUGAUUUGCUUGGUUUGGACGACGUUGAGGAUGGUGAUCGUGCAUCUGCACUUCUCAGAUGCCCGUGCGUGACAGACUGCACGAGGGCACUGCACCCACUGCGGCAGAAGCAGCCUCAGAAACAGCAGAAGCAAGUAGCAGGCCUUUGAGGUGAGCAGGCUUGAUAGGACAUUAUUUAUC